UAAGCUUGGCAAGUAUACUUCCAGACAUAUAUAUAUACAUCACGAGCCAUGGACGAUGGCGCUGGAGCAAGCCGCAGCGACGGCGAGGGAUCGCCGCGGCUGCCGGCGGAGCGGCGCUACAAGGGCGUGCGCUUCCGGAAAUGGGGCCGGUGGGUGUCGGAGAUCCGGAUGCCCAACAGCCGCGAGAGGAUCUGGUUGGGCUCCUACUCGUCAGCGGAGAAGGCGGCGCGGGCGUUCGACGCCGCCGCCGUCUGCCUCCGCGGCUCCCGGGCCGGGUCGCUCAACUUCCCCGAGUCCCCGCCCAACGUCCGGCACAUCCCUGGCGCGAUGCUGACGCCUGAGCAGAUCCAGGCAGAAGCUGCAAGGCACGCUAACCAGCUGCUGCCUAGUCCGCCGGUUGCGUCGCCGGCGGCGUCGUCGUCGUCGCAGCCAGCAGCUGCGGGAGGAGCAAGCAGUGACAGGACGACCUUGUCAAUGCCGCCGUCCACUUACUACGGCAGUGGAGCUGCCGUCUGCGGUGACGACGAGGCGCUUGAUUGGUCUUUCAUGGAUGCAUUGCCAUCGAUGCCGGCGUCUUCGAUGGGGAUGGGGAACAGUGGUGCUGAUAUUGUUCCGGCCUUGGAUGAUUUCAUGUACGGGUCCCCUCACCCGGUUAUGCCGCCGAGUGAAGAGGUCACACAGGAUAUGAUUGACGAUGACGAUGAUCAUACAUUCAUCUCAGACGACCUCUGGCGAUUCUGAUGAAGGUAAAAAAAAACAAAACAAAAAAGAUAUCUCUAUGAGAAAGUAAUAUCGGCCGGAUGAACGGAGCUGUACUUUAUAAUGACUCUAUCGUCCGAACCACAUGCCCCUGCACCGGGAGGUGUUUUCUUUUUAA